UAGAAAAACUGUUGUGAUGAAUAAGUACGAAUCAGGUGGGCUUAACGUCUUAGACUUUUCUACUUUAAAUAACACUUUCAAAAUUAAUUGGGCUAAACAUUUUCUUAAAAACCCUACCUCUAUCUGGAACUUUAUACCAUAUCAUAUUUUCUCUCGUUUUGGUGGCUUCAAUUUUAUUUUAAAUUGUAAUUACAAUGUUGAGAAACUCCUUAUUUAAAAAUAAAUCACUUUUCCUGGAAACUUGGGUCCAAAAUGGGAUCCUAUUGGUGGCUCAACUGGUUAAUAAAGAGGGACAACUACUUACUUACAAUGACUUUAUUGCACUAUAUAAUUUUCCAAUCAGUGUUCAGGAAUUCUCAGUGGUGCUUGGUGCCAUACCCUCAGGGACUCUAAUGUUAUAUAAAAACACUGACAGCUCAAUAUCUACCUCAGUCACUCUCCCUGAUCCAGCUGAGUCACCAAUAGGAAGAAUCUGCUUUUCACAGGAACUUGGUAACAGCAAUAAGAGAAUACGUAGUUUAUUCCAAGAAGAUGUCGUCUCUCUCCCAUAUGUAAUAUCUUACUGGAACCGAUAUGUUCCAGAUAUCAAGUGGAAGACAGUCUGGAUGAUCCCCCAUAAAUAUUUGAUUGUAAAUAAGGUGAAGGACGUCUCAUUUAAAAUUCUGCAUAAAUGUUAUCCAGCCAGUCACUACAUGGUAAAAUUUAAAAGAGACAUAAAUACUAACUGUACUUUCUGUGGGGAUCAUCCAGAAACUGUGACACAUCUUUUUUGGUACUGUUCUUUUACACAGAGAUUCUGGAAGGAAUUUAGCAGGUUUGUUAUUGUCCAUAUUUUAAGGGAGUUUUCUUUACGAUGGGAAAAUGUUUUAUUCUGUUUCUUUAAGUUCCCCAAGAAGAAUGAUAAAUGUUUUUUUAUGAUAAAUUUGUUAAUACUUUUAGCUAAAUUCUUUAUCCAUAAAUGUAAGUUUACAAACAAAACACCAUUUUUCUGUCAUUUUUUUAAGGAUGUGGAAAUGUACAUACAAUCAAUAUCAGACUCUACCAACAAAAAGGCUCUCAAAACAAUAUAUAUCUGUGAAUUUUUGCGUGUAUUCUUUUAACUUUUUACCCCUGGCUUUGUGUGUUCAUGUUCUGUUGUUUUGUAUACUUCAUCUGUUCGUAUGUUGUAUACUCAUUGUUUGUUAAAUAAAGUU